AUGGCGACGGGUAAAUUGGAGUAUGUGAGGGAGCUGGAAAGAGGGAACAGGCUGCCGAAUUUCAAUUGGAUCGUCGUCAGAAUCGAUGGUUGGCAUUUCCACCGGUGAGAAGAGCAAUCUUGUCUUCAGAGAAGCCGCAUCCCCAUGCUAUGUCCUCCUUAGUUUCCUGUUAGGAAGAAAGAUGUUGCAGGCAAGGAGAUUUUUCGAAGUCCGGUCAGGUUUCUCAUCACUCGCCGCAUUUAGCCUCCUUAAGAUUCUUGUGUAACGAAGGAAAAUCGCCUCGACGUCAAUUCUAGAAUCUGCUGCAAAGAGAUUUUUCGAAGUCCGGUCAGGUUUCUCAUCACUCGCCGCAUUUAGCCUCCUUAAGAUUCUUGUGUAACGAAGGAAAAUCGCCUCGACGUCAAUUCUAGAAUCUGCUUCAUGCUGUCAUUGUAAAAGAGAAGGAUAAACCAUCUGGACAUCUCUCCAUGUUUUCAGAAUCUGGUUGCGGUAGAGUCAUGAUUUAAGGAAUCGCUGCAUUUUAUGGUUUCAUGAAUUGCGUUCUUGGAAAAUUAUUGGAUCCACCGGAGGAUUCAUUCGACGUUUUAUUGAAUUUUGAAACUCUUACACCGUCUUCAAUCAUUGGGUACUGUUAAAAAAAGUAAAAAUUACGAGAGAAGGAUCUCUCAUGUCAUGUUACUAACUGGCGCAUGACAAUAGGUAAUGGCUGCUUGGUGUUAAAUGAAACAAGCAUGCAACAAGAUUGUAAUAGGUGGAUUAAAGUUUCCCCAUUCUAGGUAAGUGGGUUUUAGACGUCUGAUUCCUGGCUGGAGCAAAGUUUCUACGCAAAUGUAUCUUUUGGAACUUAAAUGCUGAUCAUCAGGUCACUAAUAUUGGCCAAAAACAGAAUUCAUUACAAAGUUGAUAUUAACACCUUAUGCACUUGAAGCAUUGAAGAAAUAAUCUGUCUCUUUCGGAGGAACUGAGCGAUGUAUUUCAUUCCUACUGGCAGGUUUUCCGAAGUUCAUCAAUUUGACAAGCCAAAUGAUGCACGCGCCUUGAAUUUGAUGAACUCAUGUGCAGUGUCAAUGCUGGAGAAAUUUCCUGAUAUUAUUUUCGCCUACGGCGACAGUGACGAAUAUAGGUUGACUACCCAUUUUUUCUCACAUUCCACUCUUUUGUCCAGUUUGUUUCCCUGCUCAUUCUUUGGGGCAGCAUAUGGUAGCCUGGUUCUGUUGACCGAUAACACUCUCCUCCUUGGAAGAACAAACUUUCUUUUCUAUUUAUUCUAAUAUACUGCUUAUGGAAAAUUUUAUAGAUUAGUGCUCAAGUUUUUUUUUUUUUUGGCAGUUUCAUUUGGAGCGAGAAAACAAAUUUCUGUGAAAGGCAGGAGAGGUAUUAUCUUGUAAAACUUUCACACCCUUGGGGAAAAGUAUGGUUAUCUUGUUGAAAAAUAUGUUCUAACCCAGAUAGUUCAAUGUAUCAUGAGAGUUUUUUUUUCUUCUAAUAAACCUCAUUUUCCAGCCAAAUACUGUCACAAAGUGUGUCAUUCUUUACCUCUGUCUACGUGAUGAAGUGGGGAGAGUUCUUCCCGACGCAAGAGCUGACAUACCCUCCAGCGUUUGAUGGACGUGUGAUCUGCUAUCCAAGAGUCAAACUCGUCAGGGAUUAUCUGAAAUGGAGACAAGCAGACUGUGAGUAUAGUUCCCGUCAUAUCCAUGCCCGACCAGAAUUCUCUAGCUGAGAAAAUUAAAUAAUAUUCCAUGUCAGCAAACUCGAGAGCGAAUAUGAAAAUUGUGCAUAUUGCUUGUGCCAGUGUUUAGUGGGCCAGCUCAGCUGAGAGCCAGGCCCAAUCCUGCCUUAGGCAAAGUCAAAACCUGGAGAGAACAAUGUGCCCAACCCCAUGGCAGGGUUCCAUCACCUCGAGCUUGUUUCUCCUCUAUUUGUCUAGGUUAGGCGCCUAUGGAGGGGCAGCCCGAGCCCAGCUAGGGUGGCCGGGGUCCCUUAGACUUUGACCUUGAGCUCAUUUUAGUCAACUCACCCUGAGUCAGCACUCCUAAUUGCUUGACCUUGAUCUUUUUGCAGGCCACGUGAACAAUCAGUUCAACACUUGUUUCUGGACGUUAGUCAAAUCUGGGAAGAAGAAAAGUGAAGCCCAGAAGUACCUGGCGGUAAGUCAGUAUAUGCGGAGCCUCUUUUUCUUUUCUUUGUAUUUCGUUAAAAUGGUUGACUUUUGGGUCAUCGAAUUGACUCUAGGGGCCUAGCACGUUGACUUCCUUCCUCCGUCAAUAUUUAGUUUUUGUUGACUUCCUAACGAGAAUAUCUCAUGAUACCCUUGGAUCACACAGGGCACUCAGACAGCAGAAAAGAACCAACUACUUCGGGAAUUUGGUAUAGACUACGGCGCGCUUCCUGCUAUGUUUCGAAAAGGAUCUUGCGUCUUCAGAGACAAGGUGAGAGAACCCCGAUGGCCUGACCCCAUCUCAUUCUCUCCCAAUGUUCUUCCUCCCAUUCUCCGCCUCACUCUGUGCUCCUGCGGAUGGCAGGUGGAAGAGGGAGUGAAGCUCGACGGAGGUCGGAAGCCCGGAGAGGAAACUUGCAGAAGAGUGAGAGUGGAUUACUGUGAUAUAAUCGGGAAGGAGUUCUGGGAUCAGCACUCGGAGAUUCUGGUGGAAGAUUGA